AUGGAGAGGGGCAUUCGGGCCCCGGCGGCUGUGAUCCCGCUGGCACCUCCUGGCACCGGGAACGUGCGGGUGUCGGUGUCCCCGGUGUCCGCCCGGCCGCCGGGCCCCGACCCCGCGCUGGAGCCCUACGUGCAGACCCGCAUCUUCAAAAUCAUCGUGAUCGGAGACUCCAACGUGGGCAAGACGUGCCUGACCUUCCGCUUCUGCGGGGGCACCUUCCCCGGCAAGACCGAGGCCACCAUCGGCGUGGAUUUCCGCGAGAAGACAGUGGAGAUCGAGGGGGAGCGCAUCAAGGUGCAGGUGUGGGACACGGCCGGGCAGGAGCGCUUUCGGAAGAGCAUGGUGGAGCACUACUACCGCAACGUGCACGCCGUGGUCUUCGUGUACGACGUGACCAAGAUGAGCUCCUUCACCAACCUCAAGACGUGGAUCGAGGAGUGCAACGGGCACGCCGUGCCCCCGCUCGUCCCCAGGGUGCUCGUGGGGAACAAGUGUGACUUGAAGGACCUGAUCCAGGUGCCAUCCAGCCUGGCCCUCAAGUUCGCCGACGCUCACAACAUGCUUUUGUUUGAGACCUCGGCCAAGGACCCGCAGGAGAGCCAGAACGUGGACGCGAUUUUCAUGUGCCUGGUGUGCCGGCUGAAGGCGCAGCGCUCGCUGCCCUGCCGGGACGCGGAGGGCUGGCCGCCGCAGCCCCAGCCGCAGCCCCGGCGGCCGGACGAGGCCAGCGGGAAAGGCUCCUGCCCGUGCUGAGCGGGACCCGCCCGCCCGGACCCCAAUAAAGGCUCUG